GGCCUGGCAGGGUCACCUGGACGCGGCCAUUCUUUUGCCUCAACGACUAUUAAGCCCUGCAGGUUGAAGAUCUCCGGCGUGUCUUCGCUCCUGCCCUUGCAGCUGAUCCCUCCUCCAGUUCCGCCCACCAACCAACGCCCUCUUCAAAUACAACAGAAUCUCCCCUGACUCGCUUCUUCGCUGGCCUGCCCUCUUCUUACCAGCCAUUUAUCGUGAUCGAUUACUUUACCUCCUGGAGGAUCCCUUUUCCUCCCACCCCCCCCCCUGCGUUUGGCGGGCGACCCUGCCCCUCAAUUCACCGCCAGACGCAACACUGACAGCAUCUACCGGGCAGUGCUGUUGGUACUGACCUCAACAUUCUCUCACAUGCGAACCUUCUGCCUCGUUGUUCCUUUGAUCAUGUAGCUGAGUUGGGGCCUUACUUACUUUUGAGCUAGACUGCGACCUUGGCAUCUCUCACCAUGGAAAGUCUCCCCAAAGGCUUGCUGACCACGGCGACAAAGGUAUCAACGGAGCUGGAUGGCGUGGGUCCGGUGAAUGUUGGGGAUGUCGUGCAGCUUUGGAAAGUCUACAGUGCCAAUCCAUCAGCGCAUGAUGACGACGUGGGAUACAGGCUGGAGAACUUCUUCUGGAGGAUAUGGGGGAGUCGUUGUCUGAACCAUACCCUCCUGGGAACUACGUUGGCCAGUCUGUUCCUACGUAUUUCCGAGCCCAACCCGUUUAGUUUGGUGCAGUUGAGCAAGGCGACCAAAGCAGCUCAAGCAGCUCAGUCAUCCAAGGGGAAUCAUGAAGGGGGCUUCGGGAGGCCGGCUGGUAACAACGGGAAGGCACCACUUCACCCUAUACUCAAGAAGCCCAGAAACGGAAGUUCCAGCGGAGAAACACAUAAGACGACUCGUCUGCUGCUAACAGACAUCGACGGUCAGAGUACCACUCGCAAACCAUCAAAUCCUCCUACACCGGUUCCUCCAUCAGUGCCUACAAUGGCAGACACUACGCCCCGACAGACGCAAAAGAAAGCGGUUUUUGUGGCUAGCAAGGCAAAAAGUAGCAAGCGUCGGCCUGUGAUCAUGCGGCGCAAGUCCUCACAGCAGUCGUCUGGUACCAGUUCUACCCGUGCCCAUAGUCCACCACCAGACUCACCGCAGCUGACUCUGGAAUAUACCCCAAACCCACCAAUUCAGGAACUGGGCAGUGCGUCAAAGGCUACCGUUGGUGCAUAUGAACUGGAUGAAACGGAGCCUUUGACAAGAAGCCAUAGCGAAUCUCGUGCAGACCUUGCCGUAUCCCUGAGAGAUACGAAGACCAAAAUUCCCGGAAAGGGCCUUUUUGCAGCCGACAUACUCGAGAAAGAUCCAGCCCAGGAUGAAAAAUCACAAGUUGAAAGACCCCCAAAACUCCCAGAUUUGUUUUUAUCUGAUUUAAGAGAGCUUCUCGACACGGAUCGGCCAGAGGAGGCACAUGUUAAGCCGCCACCUCCACGUCGCAGAGCAUUUUAUGCAGUCGAACCUUCCCUACCUGAACCCAACUUCUUUUCAGCUACUGGAUGUCGCCGCUAUGAUGCACGAUAUCUGUCGGCGGAGAACUACGAGCAACCAUCUAGCAUGAAACUUGUCGACAAGAACUUCCGAAAGCGAUUCUCAGAUCGAGUACGCCAAGAACAAGUCCUUGUUUCUUCUUUAGGAACACCUGAGCCAGAGACCGAACCCAAGACGAUACCACCCAAACCAGUACGGGCUGAAUCCAGCAGCACCGUCACUAAUGCCACACCAUCACCAUCCCGGUUUGGGGACUCACACGGAAGGGCGUCCACAGCUCCAAGCUCUGCCGUUCCUUUCCAGCGGCCUUCCAACCAUGAUGAUUCGUUUGCAACUGACAGUCAGGGCAGUACGGACGAGGAAGUGUCCCCAGUGUUGACCAAUUUUUCAAUGCCACGCAGACAAAGCCAGCUUAGUGCGAUGAUCGAGCAGAGUCGACAGCAGGGGGGAGAAGAGGAUCAGCAAGAGACGGAUGAGGUCAUUGAAGAGAUUAGAGAGUAGUAGAAUAAGAGAAAACGAGUACUGACAUGACAGCUCGAUCAGAAAGAAAGAUGCAAUAUGCGAUACAAGGCCAUAUUUUAAGAUCUGAAGACAUUACUCAUGCGUCGACGCAUGCACUCAGUGCUUAAUACAAAAUAC